UUUAAAAAAGCAUGUACAAGCGAUUGGAAGCUGUAGAAGAGGAAGUUCAUUAGUCUUUUAAGACGCCUCCAGGGAGAGGUUAGGGAUUUCACCCAUGAACCCUAAUAUGCGAUUGUAAAUGAAUCGUCUGCAACGUGAAGAUUGAAACGGAACCAUCAACGCAAAAGCAGAUUGAAGGAUGGAAAGGUGGACCGUGCAAUUGAAGAUGAUGAUUGAAUUCUCUCCUCAUCCAACAAUAUUUAAGAUCAACUCCAUGCUUCAAUUCUGUACAUCUUUCAUACUUCAGUGCUCUGUUACCAGGUCCACACAGGCUGCAUCCGGAAUCCCCUAUGUCAGGUCCACACCGCCUUCUCGCUUCACACCGCGGCGUGCGAAAGCCCCGUUUAUCAGGCGUAACUACAUCCAAAGUAGCCACAAUGUCUGACAUACCCGCUGAUGUCAUCGUUUACGGUAUACUGACGAGAGUCCCAGCGAAGACUGCUGUCCAAUCCAAGACCGUGUGUAAGCAAUGGUGUGCGCUACUAUCAACACGUGACUUUGAAAGAGCUCACUCUUCCCAGUCAUCCGUACCCAACAAUCAACGAACACUCUUGCUUGACGACCUCAGCUUCCAUGUUCAUCCAAUGGAUUUCGAGACCGGCGAAUACGGCCCGCAUUCCGUACUCCCACUCCCAUUUCAAGGAGUAAAAAAAGAAGUGUGGAUCCUGGCAAAUUUAGACGGAUUGCUAUGUGUGUGCUUGAGCCAAACACAUGAACUUCUCCUUUGGAACCCCACCACUGCCGCGUACAGGCAUUUGGCCACCCCCGCUGGCCACGGUGUUUAUGAAGAUAACGCCGAUACCGUCGGGCUAUACAGUAACCCAUCCAACGAUUACAACCUCCUGCAUUUAACACGAAGAUCAGGAGUGCUUGCAGCCCACAUCUAUUCGAGACAACAGGGGAACUGGCGAAAAAUUGCUUUCAAAACUAACCCCGCUUACCACACACGCAAGUUCUGCUGGUCACCUGCUACUCUAUGUGCCGGCACUUUAUACUUUACAAUUUGCGAGUGCUGGGUAGUGGGUAGAAAUGUUGUUAUUGGUUUUGACACCUCAACAGAGCAGGUGACGGAGAUCAGUUUCCCCCAUGUUCCAUCCUCAGGGAUUUUCCAAGGGGUGUUAGUUACGGUUCGGAACUCUCUUCACAUGGUUCUUUGGACUGGCCGUGAAUACAUGUCGCUUUCCCUUUGGGCCCUACAAGGACAGAAUUGGGUUAGGCUUUUGUCAACUCCUGCAGUCCCCCCUAUUCCGUUGUCGUUGUGGAUGACGAUAACACAUUACAUGACAAACGGAAGGUUUAUAGUGAUGCGCAACUCAAGAAAGGUUUUUGAGAUACGAGUGGACACCAAGGCCGUUGACUGUUAUUACGCAUGCAGCUGGUUUCGAGGUUACAUAGGAGCGGUUUACGCGGAGACAUUAGUCUCACCGUUUGCAGUGGCCUAGCUUAAUCGUCAUGUUUACCAUAUGCAUUUUCCAGCCAUAUUUUGCUAUAUUCUUACUGUUUUAUUGGUUUCCAAACCUAAAUAUGUAUGAAGAAUAUUUUCCUUUUGCUGGCACAUCU